AUGGCAUUUAGGAAAAUAAAUAUUGUAAAUACCUUUUCAGUGCCCUAUAAUACGAAUAUAUACAUCGAAAGUAGUUUGUAAAUAGCUUUCUCAGUCAACAUUCUCCUCAGAACAAUGAUCAGUUAUAUCUGAGAACUGUGCGAAGAAAGGUAAACAUCUAAUUUUUCUGUUAAGGGAAACAAAAUAUAUCCUUAUGGCCAUUUUCACGGAUUUUUUGUCAGAUAUAAUACAUUAUCCAUGUUCAAACGAUUAUAUGUGUUAUGACGAUUUCUUUCAUCCAAACGUUUGCCACGUUUGCAAGAAGACCAAUGAUGGUGAUUUGAUAAUAUGUGAUAGAUGCUACAUGGUCUCUUACUGCUCCAAUUUACACUUAUUAGUAGAUCGCAGCCACCAUCAGAAAUUCUGCAGUUCCAUAAAAAAAUACGUAAUAGAUAAAAACGGCAGGAAUUGGCGCUCCAUUCGUUUUUGCACGUUUCGAUGGAUUCAGUCCAGAUAUGAGUUUUUGCACGAAAUAUCCAUGCAGUUCUCAUACAACCUAGCGUUGUACCAAAUCCAGAUGAUCAUUUUCGCAAAAUCAUGUUAUAUGUGCCAUCAACAAAAUUAUUUGCAUCCCUGUCAAACGUGCUAUUCCGAACAUUAUUGUGUUGAACAUGCAAAACACUUUUCAGAUUUUCAUUCACCAAGAUGCCAGGCGUUGAAAUUAUAUUUCAACUCAUAUAUCCUAUAUCGCAAUUUUCGAAUACUUGGAUAUACAAUGGAUACAUAUCGGGAACAAUAUAUUGAAUUUCCUGAUGAUAAGAGAUCUGUUGAAAACAUGGAAAAUUUUAUUACGGGAUAUGGACGGAACUAUCAUCAUAGGAAUAUUCGAGCCUGGACUUAUGAUGAAUAUGUAUAUUCCGAUUACGUAUCACGACCGUUAACGUUGUAUGAUGGAAUGAAGAAAGCCGGAUUAUUAGAUACUUUAAACGUAGAAGAAUGCGUUGUACAUAUAAUAUCAGAAAGUUUCGUUGAAAGACAAUAUGUGUAUGCUUGGGAAAUUCUCUUACAUCUUUUACAUCGCAUCAAGAGUUUAAAAAUAGUACUAAUAGGAAAGAGAUUAAAAAUAGACGGUUUUUACCUUCAAACUUGUAAGAAUUGUAUUAAGCGUCGGCAGAUAUAUAUGUUCGAGUCUUAUUCUAUGUUUUACAAUGAGUAUGCGUCCAGUCCGUCGUUUCAGCAUCCAAAUGUGGUUGUAACGUUUCAAGCAUGUUUUAAUGUAUUCCAGUGGACAUGGAUAAAUAUCAUAUUGGAAUCAGGGCGCAUAAAAUGUCCAUUUUUUCUUACUGCUGGAUCAGGAACAAUAGCGGAAGAGAACGUACAAAACAUACGAAAAUUUAUAAAGAUAGAGCCUAUAUAUAAUGCCCCAAAUAGUUUUAAAUCUCAUAUGCCAUGCAGACUAUUGUCUUAUACUGAAGUUGGUUAUCCUAAUUCGUAUGUAACUAUUUAUGAUAAUUUAAAUUCUCAGAAAUCAGAAACAGAGACCUCUUCUCCUUUGAUGUCCUGAGCACGAUAGAUUUGAAGAUCGUGUGUAAAAUAAUUGCUAUGUUUCUUUAAUAGAUUGCGCAUAUAAAUUUAGGAUUUUUUAUAAAUACAUUAUGCUUACUAAUAUUGUGAAUGUGUUACUUUUAUACUUUUAUGUAUAUAUUUUAUGGUUUUCUUUAUCAAUUAUGAAUAUUUUUAAUAAAAGAUUUAUACAUUUAA